GUUUUGAUAAAAAAAAAACGAUAGGUGUUUUUUUUUUCUAAUCAAUAGAUUAAUAAAAGUAGAUAAUUUUCUUCCAAAAUAUGAAUAUGUUUGUAUUCCGGUAGACCGGUAGACCGGUAGACGGUAGUGUGUUCAAAUACAAUCGACAUGGAAAUGAUUAAUUGCAACUCAUAUAUUGUAAUUUUACAAUUGUUUAUUCUUUCGUUUUUCAAAGAAGCUUUAUGUGCAGACAUUCUAGGUGUAUUUCCGAUCGAAGCCCCUAGUCAUCAGAUCAUUUUCGACUCUUACAUGUCCGAACUUCAUCGCCGCGGCCAUAAUGUGACGGUGUAUUCACAUUUUCCAGACAUUGCCUCCGAACAAUACAAGCGAAUACAAAUCAGCAAUACGUCAUCUGUAUUGGACCCAAGCUACGUGACUAUGGAUCAUAUGUAUUCGCCAUCAACUUUAAAUAGUUAUAAGCACAUGUUUCAUAUCGUGAGCAACGGAGAAAAAUACACACAGUCUGAUGCACUGCGUCAACUGUACGAUCAGCCAGAAGACGCUUACGAUUUAAUUGUGACCGAAACAUGUAACACUGACCUAUACCUGGCGUUGAUAGAUCGAUUCAAAGCCCCGUUCAUUGCGUGGACUACGUCCCCGUUAUUUGUGUGGUCUGCCGAUCGCAUGGGGGCGUCUACUCAUCCUGCGUACAUACCAGUACUGAUGACAACGUACGGACCGCACAUGAAUUUCGCAGAACGGAUUUAUAACACACUGAUGCGAUCAGUAGCUUUUUAUAAAUAUUAUACGGGAUCGUCGAUAUCCUCUCAGAAAAUCGCUUCAAAACGUUAUAAAGAUUCAUCACAUUUAGAUCAGUUAGUGUUGAGGACAAGCUUGUUGUUUGUAAACACAUACCAUGCUUUGUGGGGCAGUAGGCCUCUACCACAAAACGUUGUCGAAGUAGGAGGUCUGCACGUAAAACCGCCAAAACCUCUGCAAGAGGACAUACAGAAAUAUAUCGAUGAAGCUGAGGACGGAGUAAUUUAUUUCUGCAUGGGCAGUUUAUUACGAGGUGAAACUUUUUCAGCUGAAAAAAGACAAAUGUUCUUAAAUGUCUUCAAUAAAAUUCCACAACGAAUUCUGUGGAAAUGGGAAGGAGAACUACCAGGAAAACCGUCCAAUGUAAUGAUUCGCAAAUGGAUGCCUCAACGAGAUAUAUUAGCUCAUCCCAAUGUUAAGUUAUUUAUAUCUCACGGUGGCCUAUUGGGAACUACCGAAGCUGUGUAUGAAGGUGUUCCAAUUUUAUCAAUGCCAAUUUUUGGUGAUCAAAUGACAAACAUCAAAGCUGUUGUAAGCAAAGGAGGUGCAGAGAUGAUGAAUUACGGAGAUUUGAAUGAAGAUGAAAUUUUUACAAAAAUAACAUCCAUGCUCACAAAUCCGAAAUACAGACAAAAGGCUAAAGAGUUGUCAGAAGCUUUUCGUGAUCGACCAACGUCUCCUUUGGAAACUGCAGUAUAUUGGACAGAGUAUGUCAUCCGACACAAAGGGGCGCCGCAUCUUCGGUCUGCCGCCGCCGGUAUGCCAUGGUACCAAUACUAUUUAAUCGAUGUAUUGGUUGUAAUUGUCCUAUCUAUAACAACAAUUUUCGUGUUACUUUACUACUUAAUUAUUAAAGUUAUUUUAAGAUUGUUAAAUAAAAAAUCUAAAGAGAAACAAUCUUAAUAAUAAAGGGAAUUUUGAAUAUGCUAAGUAAAAAAAAAAAAAAUAGUGAUUACCUUCUUAUUAUAUAUUUAUAUGUGCUGGGUAUACAUAAGUAAGUAUCUUAAGUAUCUAUAUUGAAUUUUGGAUGUCGAAUAGAAGGAUGUGUAGGUAAUUACUAAUUAGUUACUAAUUAAGUACUAUUUUAUAUACUAUAAAUUUACCAUGAAUUUAACUAGGUAUAAAAUUAUUUUAAUUUUUUGUUUUAUUGUACUACAAAUACAUGUAUAAAAUGUUUACAAAUAUAAUUAUAAUUUAUAAAUAACCUAUAAGGCUGCCAGUAAUAAUGUAUUAUGCUUAUGGUUUAACGCUGUUUAAGUAUACUCAAGACCCAAGAGCGCCCACGGUGGCAUGCCCCCGCUAUUUAUUUUAGUUAAUAUAAAUUGUUUUAUUGUAAUAUAACUUGUAAAAAAAAAAA